AUGAAGAAGGGAGCGACGCCAGGUUGGCUCCUCCGCGUGCCCUCUCCGCUCGCCGCUUCGCUCCGUCCAACGCCGCCGGCCCGAAGCCCAACAGAGUCAUCCUUCUCCCCACCCGCCUCCUCGAGUCUACCACACCGUCGCACCCGACCAGCAAAGGCCGACUGCCCAGGAAGUGCCGCUGCGCAUUUUCCAUUCGGCCAAGAUGUAGUUGAGAAAGGCCGAGUAUGGGCGUUGUUUGGUGGAGAUUGCGCUGGCGACGGAUUUGGUGUUACGGAAAAGUCGCAAAAGUACUACUGCCACCUACAAAGCGCAUAUCUUGAUCCGAGACUGCCCGCCGAAGUCCGAUAUCUGGCCUUCAUCCAAUUGAAGAACGGCAUCGAUUUGGGGUUCAUUGCCGGUGGGGAGGAGUUGGGAGUGGUGGUGGGCAAGGACGAGAAAAGUGGGUUGGGGUUGCUGGUGAGGUGGAGGAUUGGGAGGAUAAUAACGAGGAGGAGAGGAAACGGAGAGCUCGCCGAAAUUUCAGCGACAUCUGGAAUCUUGACUUCAGCGAUGGCUAGAACCGCGUUUUUCGCGCUGGAAGUCCGACUUCUCUCCCUCUGCACACGACACCAUCAUCAUGAGCAGAACCGUCACAUUAGAAGACGCCCCGGCGACGACUCUCUCUCCCGACGAAAAGUCUCCAACUAUCCGCGACAUGGGCACUGCUUCGAACCCACCGCCUGGUACUCUGCCACCCACGCCCUCUUCGACUAUACCGUCGGCCCUCGCCCUGACCAGCUGUCAAUAUGCACGACUGGUGCGUCAAUUAGUGGAAACGGACGAGUCCUUAAUCGGCGAAGAGACGGGGCGAUAGCGAGAUUGCGGACGAGCCGCACACGACCGAAGGCAUCUACCGGAAAAAAGGAGCUUCUGCAUCGGCUGGCUGGCGAUGCGACGGAGCAUGGCGGCACAAUGCACUUGGACGGUGAUGAUACGCUCGCGUACGUCGGACGUCGCGCCGCGCGUGGUGGUGGUAAGAAGCGGACGCAUAGAAUACACCAGCCAUCUACUGGCCGUGGAGCGCAGUCAUGGAUGAGAUGCUGGCUGGAAAGGCAUCGGAGUCGAGCAAAGAGUGAAGAGUUGAAGUCCGCACGAUAUGACAAGUCAUCGACAACUGCCAGAAUGUCUGUCACCAAUCUGCUCUGCAACAAACUGGGCUUCCACUGCCACACCACCAUGGUGCCCCUCGAGAUGGCUGAGAUGGUCGAUGCAUUCCGCAGCAUCGCCCAGGAGCUGGCCGGCACGAAUGAGGCCCUUACUCUCAUCAUUGCCUUCGCAUUCCUCAUGGUUCUCGCACUCCUCACCAUCAUCGCCAUCGGUCUUACCGACGGCGACGUCCGCGGCACCUACUGCGCUCGACUUGCCGUCAUCGGUGCCAGCAUCAACGGUGCUGCUCACUACGUUUCGACUACCUUCACCGCGCUCGGUGUGCCCGCCGCCGCUUCCAGACUCACCGCCACACUCGUCUUCUACUGCUCGAACGCGGCCCAUUGGACCGCCGAUUCCGUCUCCUCAUGCCGCAACGUCCUGGCGGAGCGCUUCGUCGAUUUCACCAACACGUCCAACUCUGCGGCUCAGAAGCCGGGUAUCAGCAGCCCCGAGGCCGAGAAGGAGAACGAGAAAGAUAUUCAGAUUGGCUGGAACAUGCAGAAGCGUGAAGGACAACAAGAAGACAUCCAGGAGGACUGUAUGGAAAGAUAUCGGCGAGACGGACCAGCGAAAGUUCACGAAAGUGUUGGACUGCAUUCAACUCUCGGAGAAGCCCAAUACGCCGUCAAAGCAGACUUCGUGCUCGCAACGAAUGUUUUCACUGGCUGGACAGCUACCUACACAGAUGGACGACUGAGGUCCAAAAUUCUCCUCGAGGGAUAUGUGCAGGAGGAGCAGAAAGGUAAAGCGAGAGGAACCGCGGAGAGUGCUACAAGUCCGGGAAACGAUGUCACUGAACAGAUUGUUCUGGGCAGAGACUUGUCGGUGGAUGCGAAACCCGAUGGAGGAGGCGGAUCUGAAAGAUGCUUCACAGACGACUCAUCCAUGGCCUUCAAGCAUCGAUUCUGCAAGAUCCUCCUGCACCCGCCUGACGUUCCCCUCUCGGACCUCAUUUCUUAA